GGGAAGAUUCUGAAUUCCUUUGUGUGUUUUCUUUUUCCCUUUCUCUUGGAAAACCCGUGGUGGUCCUGGGACUGAACCGUCCUGGAGGGAAGGUGCCUUUUCCUUGGGGCAGCCAGGAGCCUCCAGGAAGUCGAUGGAUCCUGGAACCCGCCCAGUUGGGAGCUGCUGUAGCAGCCCUGCAGGGCUCUCUCGGGAAUACAAACUAGUGAUGCUGGGUGCUGGCGGCGUAGGGAAGAGUGCCAUGACCAUGCAGUUCAUCAGCCACCGAUUCCCAGAAGAUCAUGACCCCACCAUCGAAGAUGCUUACAAAAUCCGGAUCCGUAUUGAUGAUGAGCCUGCCAAUCUGGACAUUUUGGAUACUGCUGGACAGGCAGAGUUUACAGCCAUGCGAGAUCAGUAUAUGAGGGCAGGAGAAGGGUUUAUCAUCUGUUACUCUAUCACCGACCGUCGAAGUUUUCAUGAAGUUCGGGAGUUUAAACAGCUUAUUUAUCGAGUUCGACGUACUGAUGAUACACCUGUGGUUCUUGUAGGAAACAAGUCUGAUCUAAAGCAACUAAGGCAGGUCACCAAGGAGGAAGGAUUGGCUUUGGCCCGAGAAUUCAGCUGUCCCUUUUUUGAGACAUCUGCUGCAUACCGCUACUACAUUGAUGAUGUAUUCCAUGCCCUUGUCCGGGAAAUCCGUAAGAAAGAAAAGGAGGCAGUACUGGCCAUGGAGAAAAAGUCUAAACCCAAAAACAGUGUAUGGAAGAGGCUAAAGUCACCAUUCCGGAAGAAGAAAGAUUCAGUAACUUGAAGUGGAGGAGGGUUUGUGUGUGAACUGCAGUGCUUGAUCAGAGCAGUCCAGUAACCUGCAUUAGUGAGCACGGUGCUUGCUCUUUCUCCCGUUAUGACCGUUAUUUUAAAAGUAACUGAUGAAGGGGACACGCCUACUAGGAGUUUUCAAUGAUGUGGUAUUUAAUAUAUUAUCUUUUAGCUAAUUCUGAUUUAUUAACCCAGUGGAGCACUUUCUUCUUUUAAAUUGUCACAUUUGAAUUUGAUCUGCCAUAGUUUUGGGUUCUGUUGCUGAUUGAUUAGUUCAUGUAAAUUGUUUCUUUCCGGGGGAAUAUGUAUACUAUGUAUGUUUGACUAAGCUCAUAAGAGGAAUUUUUUGCCAUGCACUACUCCACGUUAUCUUCAGCUCCCUGGGACUGUCCCAGAGAGGGACCUCGGUCUUCUCUGUUCACACUGUGCUUCAUAGAGACAGAGCAAAAAUCAUAUAGGGAAACCAGUGCUAAAGAGAUUAAUGCUGAAGUUCAGCAAAUAGUUGUGGAACUGACUCCUGUUGCAGAUUAUGGAGUGGUGAGAUUUGGGGAAAUCUGGCCAUAUGUUGACAGGAACUAGGCCAGAAAAACGGUAGGGUCAGAACAGUGUUCCCAGCAUGCACCUGGCUUUUCUAAGAAGUGUACUGGGAUGGGUGAGAACAAAUGGAAGCAUAUAAAAGGUAAUGAAGGGUUUCCCUUGAGGUUCUUUUACUCUUUCUUUCAGGGUUUGGACUUUCUUUACCUUCAGAGGUAAUACUUUGGGAACCAAUACUAGAUUACUAAACUCUAAUCUAAAUCCUUAGUUGGGAUAGCUGUUGCCUUGUUGAGGUUUAUUUUUUCCCCCAGAGAUGCACUCAUCAAUACAUUUACAUUAAUUGUUUCCUAGUGUUUUCCCUUAGCUUCCCUGUGCUCUUUAGAAGAUCCAGACUUGGCAAAAUGUUUUUUGGCCCUUUGUCAGACUGACUGCAUUUUCCAUACAGAAGAGACAUGAGUUUGAGUAAAAUUGUGUAUGUGCCUCCUUGACAUUGACAAUCAUUAGACUCAGUGCUCUAAGAAAGCCUGUGGUAUUUCUGUUGAAUGAGCCAGUCUUGAAGCUUUAAAAUUCCCAUACGUUGAGUUUCUUAUUGAAGAUUUCUUUGCAAGGACUUUGCUAAGUUCAACUCAGGAUGUCUGAGCCUUGACAAAGCUUAAGAGAAUACCACUUUGAUAAUCUAUUGUCCUGGGAAGAAGCAGCUUUAAAUAUUGGUGGAAUUCUCGCUCAGAAUCAGGAUUAUUUUGAUAAUCUGAACUGGUUAUGUGUUGAGAUUAAGUGCAAAAGUGCUAAGAGUAAUGUAGCAAAUAUUGAACAUUACAUACCACAAACAGUGUUCCUGUCCCCUUCAUAUGCAGAACAGGACUUUGUGUAGUGCCUCUUAAACACACAGCUCCACUUCUGUGUCCUUUUCAAUUAUAGACAGGACAGGGUUGUUGUGUUUUUCCUUCUAAUCAAUGCUGUAUGUCCUCAGUUUAAAGAAAAAUGAUGGUUGUAACUUUUUUAGCUGAGUAGUGGUUCCUUUUGAAACUCCUGGAAAUGUUCUUGCUACCAAAUAAGUCAUGUUUUAUGAUACUCAAGCCAUUCAAAGGUAGAAGACCCAGAAUUUGAAUUUUGCAGGACAAUCUUACAGGAACCAUAGAAUGGUUCAUGGAGAAGCAUGAAGGUAGAAAAUAUAGACAGUGCAAUUCUGUUUUAACAGUAUUUCACCACAUUUAAACUAGCCUAGAGCCUUUUAAGUUUAAUGCCUUAGCUCUCAUUACUAAUGACCUAGGGAACUGUCAGUAGCAUCAACUAAGAAGUUGGCAGGUAUAUAAUUAUUUGGGAUAGACAAGGUAGCAGAGAACAUUGCAAUAAAGAAAGAUCUGUACCACAGGAGGGAAUUUGAGUUGUAUAAAAGAAAAGUAACAAAUUAGUGUUUUUAAUACUAUCAUUGUCAGGGCUUUCCUUCUUGGGAGCAUGCCCACACAUUUCUUUCCUCUCAGGCGUGCAUCUCUUAAACUCUAAGAGUCCCCAUGGGACUUGCAGUCAGGGGAGCAAUGGGCAGCUGGAGCUUAUCCCAGGCUAAUCCAAACCUGUCUCCAAGGCCCCUUUUUCCCUGACUUCAGUAAGCCAACAGCUCCUCCUUGGCUCAGUUCUGUCACUGUGACUUUUACUUCCCAGUGAGCCAACAGCAGCCCCCCCUUGGCUUACUUCUUUUCUAUAAAGUCUUGAGAGAGCCAAAGCAGCCUCGCCUAGGCUCUACCCUGUUGCUUCUAUCCUAAGCCCUUCCUUGUUUCACUGUCCCCAGCUUUAAUAAACAUAUUCUCAAAAUAAAAAUCAAAAAAGACUAUCACUGUCAUAUAUUUCAUUGUUAGAUUCAUUAGCCCAUCAAUUAGUAUUAAGAAUUCUCUUCAUGGUGCUAAGUAGUUUGAGGGACAUAAUACAUGUAAGUCAUUAUCUCUCUUCUAAGUGAUCAUAGAGUAUAUGUAAUUUAUAAGAUCUAAGUAGUCAGCUUUAUCCAAUUUGAGGGCAUUAAAAUCAAUUACUGCCUGGAACUUUGAGGAGAGAAAAAUUCAGGGACAAGUUGAAAAGCACUGGAACUAUUCAUGUCCAUACCAGAUUGGUAGGUUACAAAAUUUAGAAGCUAGUGUCUAGAAUUAACUGUUUAGAAUUCAGAAAGAGAUAUAUGUUUUAACUUCAUCAUAUAUUAGCAAAAAUUGGUCUGCUGUGAUGUUUGGGGAAAAGGGGGAGUCAUUUUCCACUUAUGCCCUUGUAUACGAAGACAGUUUGUAUGACAAGACAAAAAUUGUAAACAACGUAUUGGGCUGUUCCUUUACGUACCUAUGUAUGGGUAGAAAUGUUUGGAAUCUUUGCAGUGGGUCAUUUUAAGAAAAAACUUAAUGCUAUGAGAUUUUAUAUUCUAGAAAAUAUUGAUUAAAAGAAAUUUUAGUGCUCACCAUGUACAGAACACCUGUGCCAUGGAAUGCUCCUUCAUUCAGAUUACCUCUUGGGUGGGGAGAAAGGAAAAACACAUUGAAAGGGAUAGCACCUUUGCCACCUGACCAAGGGUUAAAGUUGUUUCAAGUAUGUAUACUAAAUGUGAGAGAACAAGAAAUAAAUUUUCAUGUGAAGGCCA